CCACCACCAAGCUUGUUUUUUGCACAAUUUGCAGGCCACCCGCAUCUUUCCAAACUAGAUAGUCUCUCUCAAACUCAUCAAAUCUCAUCUUUUUCUUUCAAAUUACUCUUAUCUGACUCCUUGAAAUCUAAUCAGGGUUGCUCUUAGAUCCACAAAUGGUACUAUCAAAGCGUAUCCACAGGUUCUUCAAGUUUAGACUCGGCCUUGUUUCAUGCCAAAGUUCUACUAGUCCUUCAUAUGAUCAUUUCAUAUUCUAAAAGCUUUUUUUUCGGAAACCAAUCCUCCUCCACAAAAGCAUUUUCAUUAGUUGACAAAAAAUAUUCUCUCUUCCCUACCACCACCACCACCAGUCCACCACCACCACCCACCUCACAACAGUUUCCACCAUUGCAAAUCUUAAUUAGUCUCUGUCAAGUAUUUUGCUUUUGUACAAGUCUUUCAUCUUUGAGAUAUAUACAAAUGGUUGCCAAGACGAACUACGAGUUUUCGAGGGGAGUUGUGGAAAUGGCCUGGAUCAUGCUCAGUGUUGAUUACUCUAGGCUUUUCUGGCUGCUCUUUGGGGUAUUUUCUUAUGAAAACCAUGAGGGAAAGCCUCGGAUUUCGUAGCACCCGCCCACCCACCUCAAAAUCUUGCAUUUCAAUACCAUAGAAGUAGUGUACUUAGAUUUUUAAGUCUAUAGCUAAGAUAUAUAUAUAGGUGUUGAUAUAUACUCAAACAAAAAAGUGCGCUUGCUUUUUGAUUUUUCAACCAUGAACAACAAGACCAGGAUAGGAAGGUGCACUGUUGGAGCUAAGCAGCAGCCUGAAUACGUUGAAACAGAUCCAUCUGGUCGCUAUGGACGUUUCAGGGAAAUGCUUGGCAAAGGAGCCAUGAAGACAGUUUAUAAGGCAUUCGAUCAGGUCCUUGGAAUGGAGGUGGCUUGGAACCAAGUCAAGCUUAACAAUGUCUUUGGUUCACCAGAAGAACUUCAGAGGCUCUACUCCGAAGUUCACCUCCUCAAGAACCUCAAUCAUGAUUCGAUCAUUCAUUACUACACGUCUUGGAUUGAUGUUGAUCGAAGAACCUUCAACUUCAUCACUGAAAUGUUCACCUCUGGCACCCUCAGAGAGUACAGGCAAAAGUACCAACGAGUGAACAUUGGAGCAGUGAAAAACUGGGCACGCCAAAUCUUGCGUGGUCUGGCUUAUCUGCACAGACUUGAUCCACCUGUUAUUCACAGGGACGUCAAGUGUGACAACAUCUUUGUUAAUGGCCAUCUUGGACAAGUCAAGAUUGGUGAUUUGGGUUUGGCAGCUAUUCUCCGUGGGUCGAAACAAGCACAUAGUGUCAUAGGUACACCAGAAUUUAUGGCACCUGAGUUAUACGAGGAGGAAUACAAUGAGCUAGUAGACAUAUAUGCCUUUGGCAUGUGUGUGCUAGAGAUGCUUACUUCAGAAUAUCCGUAUAGCGAGUGCUCUAAUCCUGCUCAAAUUUACAAGAAAGUCACUUCCGGAAAACUACCAAAGGCAUAUUACAAGAUUGAAGAUUUGGAGGCGCAGAGAUUUGUAGGUAAGUGUUUGGUGGAUGUCUCGAAAAGGUUGCCAGCGCAUGAGCUCUUGCUCGAUCCAUUUCUAGCAUCUGAUGAUGGAGAGCCUAAGCCAAUGCCCAUCUCAAUAUCAAUCCCAAUUCAAAAGAUAGCCCCUGAUGAAAGUACUGAAGUGAUGAAGGAGCCAGUCUUGGCUUUGGGGUCUAAUUCAAAAAGAAGCACUAAGAUGAUCAUUACAGGGUCAAGGAAUCCCGAGGACGACGCUAUUUAUCUCAAAGUUCGGAUUUCUGACAACCAAGACGGUGAUGCCAGGAAUAUAUACUUCCCCUUUGACAUUGUGAACGACACCGCAAUUGAUGUAGCAGUGGAGAUGGUGAAAGAAUUGGAAAUUAGUGACUGGGAACCAUCCGAGAUUGCUGUGAUGAUAGAAAAAGAGAUAUCUUCUCUAGUUCCAAGUUAUAACAAAUGGGGCUCUCCCCAAGAUUAUCAUUCUGAUCAGCUAAGCUUUAGCUAUGAAGAUGAUGAAGACUGUGACGGUGAUGUUACCCACCAUCCCUUCUACUCUUUCUCCUCAUGUUCUUCCUCCCAAAAUUCUCUCCCGGCUUUGAUGGCCCAAUGUCAUAGUGCGAAGAACAUGACUAAUGACCAAGAUUGGCUUCACGGUGAUCUGUUUACCAAUGAUGAUGCAAGUUCUCAAAGUUCUUUGAACUCUUGCAACUACUCCAACAUGAAUUACUACUCAGGCAAUGAAGAUGACCAUGACUUAAUUAGUCCAGGAAGAGAACCCUCCUCCUGCUUUGGAAAGACUAAAAAAUCUACGAGGUUUUGUCCUUUGGAGAGCACGACUACAAAUCAUUACAAACGUUGUGAUCCACAGGUAGACAUUGGGAGCGCUUAUCAUGAACUGAAUCAUCAUCAUCACCAUCAUCAUCAUCGUUGUCACCAUAAUCAGGGGAAAUGGAAACUACCAAGGAUUCGGUCACUUGUUGACGUGCGUAGCCAAUUGUUGCACCGGUCACUGGUGGAGGAGAUAACCAAGAGGCGUUUGUGCAAUACCGUUGGAGCUGUUGAGAACAUAGGAUUUCAAGCACCAGGAAAUGGGAGCUAAUUUCCUCUGAAGCUAGAGCUAGUCCUCCAAAGAUGAUGAGAAGCGAGGGUGCAAUGGACAAGUUUCUUGAGACUCUCAACUAGUACUUCAACAUGUAUAGGUGUGUAAGUAAUGCUUGUACAAAUUUUGAGCCUUGAGAAGACUUUAAGGUUCAUGAAAAUAACAAAUCCGGACUACGCUGCUAGCCUCUGGUUUGAGCAGCGGAUUUGAUUGUUACGCAAUGCAUAAUUGCAUAUCUUUUGCUCUUUGGUCAA